CUCGCAGAGCUCCAGAAGAAGAGCAGAGCUACACACGGAGCUGUCACGGUGGAUCAUGGCCGCAUCCAAGCCGGUGGAACCACAGUCUGCAGCCGGCCUACCGCGCUGGCAAUUGGCCUUACUAGUCGGGACCCCAAUAGUGCUCGGAGUAGGGGCCGUUUACCUCUGGAACAGAAACCGAUCGAAGAAGGACCGAAAGGGGAAGGGAAAUGGUGAACGAAAGACUCCAGAAGGCAGCGCUAGCCCCGUACAGGGCCAAGACGGCCAAGCACGGGCCAACCGGGAGCUGGAGAACAUGACUCCCCUGGACCGGGCCCAGGGAGCCAAGAACAAGGGCAACAAGUACUUCAAGGCGGGGAAGUAUGACCUGGCCAUCCACUGCUACACAGAGGCCAUCUCCCUCUGCCCAACUGAGCAGAAAACGGACCUGUCCACCUUCUACCAGAACAGAGCGGCUGCCUACGAACAGCAGAUGAAGUGGACGGAGGUGGUGCAGGACUGCUGCCAGGCGGUGGAGAUGAACCCCCGCUACGUCAAGGCUCUGUUCAGACGCGCCAAGGCCCUGGAGAGACUAGACAACAAGAAGGAGUGUCUGGAGGACGUGACAGCUGUGUGCAUCCUGGAGUCCUUCCAGAACCAACAGAGCAUGCUGCUGGCCGACAAGGUGCUCAAGUCCCUGGGCAAGGAGAAGGCCAAGGACAAGUACAAGAACCGUGAGCCACUGAUGCCGUCGCCGCAGUUCAUCAAGUCCUACUUCAGCUCCUUCACGGAUGACAUAAUCUCUCAGCCGCUGCAGAAGGGCGAGAAGAAGGACGAGGACAAGGACAAGGAGGGCGAGGCCGCAGAGGUCACCGCAAGCUCUGGCUACCUGAAGGCCAAGCAGUACAUGGAGGAGGAGAACUACGACAAGAUCAUCAGCGAAUGCACCAAGGAGAUCGACUCGGCAGGCCGCUACACCACGGAGGCACUGAUCCUGAGGGCCACCUUCUACCUGCUGAUCGGGAACGCCAACGCCGCCCAGCCCGACCUGGACCGCGUCAUCAACACACAGGACGCCAACGUCAAGCUGCGGGCCAACGCGCUGAUCAAGCGCGGCAGCAUGUACAUGCAGCAGCAGCAGCCCAUGCUCUCCACGCAGGACUUCAACAUGGCCGCCGAGAUCGACAGUCACAACGCCGACGUCUACCACCACAGGGGACAGCUGAAGAUCCUGCUGGACCAGGUGGAGGAGGCGGUAGGAGACUUCGACGAGUGCAUCCUCCUGCGACCAGACUCUGCUCUUGCCCAGGCCCAGAAGUGCUUCGCUCUCUACCGGCAGCAGUACACAGGGAACAACCCCUACCAGAUGCAGACCGCCAUGGACUGCUUCGAGGACGUCAUCCGGCGCUUCCCCAAGUGUGCCGAGGGUUACGCCCUCUAUGCUCAGGCCCUCACUGACCAGCAGCAGUUUGGAAAAGCAGAUGAGAUGUAUGAUAAGUGCAUUGAGCUGGAGCCAGACAACGCCACGACAUACGUCCACAAGGGGCUGCUGCAGCUCCAGUGGAAACAGGAUGUGGACCUUGGCCUGGAGCUCAUCAGCAAGGCCAUCGAGAUCGACAACAAGUGUGACUUUGCCUACGAGACCAUGGGGACCAUUGAGGUCCAAAGGGGUAACCUGGACAAGGCAAUAGACAUGUUCAACAAGGCCAUCAACCUGGCCAAGUCUGAGAUGGAGAUGGCCCACCUGUACUCCCUGUGUGACGCCGCCUACGCCCAGACCGAAGUCGCCAGGAAGUACGGUCUCAAGCCGCCCACGCUGUAACCGUGGUUACACACGUCCACCGUCAAUCACAAUCCUCCCGCAGCUGAGCCUGGUUUUUGUUUAUGAAUUCAAAUGCGACCGUUGACGUUUUAGUGUGUUGACGAUGGAAACAGUUCUGGGUUAGGAACCGCUUGUGUUUACAUCCAAUCUGAGAGGUUUUUGGUGCCGGUUGGUUCCCUUGUGACCCUGGGCUCCCCUGCCUGAGACCUGGUUUAGAGAUUGUUUCAACCUAACCAGCCUUCAGCUGGGACUUAAAUUAGACUUGCAGCACCCUGAUGUCCAUCUCUAAACCCAGGAAUUAUCUGUCAUUCUGGGGAACUCUAUUCUGUCAUUCAAAUGGUCUUUGUUCUGACAUUCAGAUUACCUCCCUUUCAUUUAGAUUAUUUGUUCCGACAUUCAGAUUAUAUCUGUCCUGCCAUUCUUAUUGUCUCCAUGCUGUCAUUCACAUUCUCUUUCUCGACAUUCAGAUUAUCUCUAUCCUGUCAUUCAUAUAGUCUCUAUCUUCUCGUACCGAUGAUCUCUAUCCUGUCAUGCAGUGUAUAUCCGUCACAAGGGCCUGUCCAGUGCUUAUGAUCUGCUUUCAAUCCAAAAGUAGAAUCCAAAACUAAAUUGGAAUCAUGCUCCCUCAAUUUGACAAGUAUUAUUCCUAAAAUACUAUGAAAGCAUUGUCUAAUUUAAUUUGGCUUGCCGAAUUGUUUAAUUUCUCUAACCUUUGCUUUCUAAUGUGUAUGUUGUCCGGCUUCAUCCUACGUUCAAACAUGACGAAGCAGAGAAUGCAAGUUAAAGACCUAUAGUCCAAUGUGUGAUGGGAGUGAUUUUUUGUUUUGUUAUAGUAAAUACUGGAAUGAAUCACUUGUUGGCAGUGCGCACGGUUUAGCCAUGAGCUUCAACAUGUUAAUGGGUCCUUUAAGUGUUAUGUUUUUUGUAUUUUUACUUUGUUUUUUGGGGGAUUGCCUAGUUUUGUUUUCUAUGCCUUGUACAGCAUGUGAUGUGGAUGCAAUGCUUGCCCUGAUGUUUUGAAACCUCAACAUAAGGAUUCUGGACUAGUCGUCAUGGCAACUGGGUUUAGUUGGGCUCGUCUCCGUUCAAUACCCGCAGUCAAACUGGGACAUAUUUUUUUUCCCAAUCCCUACAGGAUUCUGUAGCCAAUUUAAUAUUUUGUUAUUUAAUUUUUUCUGAUUAUUCUGCAGACUGGUCUUUUAAGACGGCAAAGACACACAUACACACAAACGAAUAUUAACAAUACAUUUUUACAUCCUAUGGUUUAUUGCUGGUAGGCUUAAUUCAGACCUGUUAAUAACGAUAAAGUCAUAUUGAACAAAUUACAAAGUGUUAGACUUUCUGUUAUGAUUGUAUCUAAGUAACUGAUCAGUGCUUUGGUUUGUAAUUAUAGAAUACCCAACAACAAUCUGGCCAGCACUUAUGGAAGAUGAUAUUUGAAAGUUCUUCUGUCACCAACUAAUUAAACCUACAUUCCAUUCUGAACACACGUUUAGCCGCUGUCAGUGAAAGAACCUUCAGAAUAUUAGAGGAACCAUAGAGUAAUCUUUAACAUGGAUGUGAGCCUUUGACAAUUAUGUGCAUCUGCAGAUUUCAGUAAUUUUGACGAUGUUCUGGGAAAACUUACACUAUUCUUUGAGAUGUACCACGACCAAAGUAAAAGAACAUGAAUCCUAAUAAAGUUAUAAUUACUUGAAAACAAAA